AACUUGCCUUCGGCUCGGCGUUCGUUUAAUUUAUUUAUUUUAGUUGUUCGUCUUCUCUUUUCGUUCCUAUCUGUUCAUUCCUCAAUCCAUGCCUCUGGCGAUGGAUGCCGCGGGUUUCCUUUGGCUCGCGGGAUUCAAAGAAGCUUGCUCUCUCCGUAGAGUCGCAAUCUUCUGUUCUAGAUCUCGGAUAUUGUUGAUCAGAACUGGCCAGUGCUUCCUCUUGAACGGGUUUAUUUUUCUGGGAAGUUUAUUUAUUCUGAAAUCCGUGGUCAUCCCAACUCUUCUGUGGAUACUACCUGAUCAGUAUGAACAAUUUAAUGCAGAGCAUCUUUAUGAUCACAAAGCUGUUAUGCCAUUCUAUGCCUUGUUACGCUCCAUCCUAAUUGAACUUGUCUAUAUUUUCUGGUUCUACCCUCUGUACAUCUUCAGCUUUGUUCUAAGCACAUUAUGGUACAAUGAUAUUGCCAAGCAUGCUUUUGAAGUGCUGAAAAGUAAAGAAUCAACAACACAAGCAUAUGGAAAAAAUGAACUAACAGAAUCCCAGAGCAUUAGUACUACAGAGAUACCAGGGGGGUUUGAAGGUGUGUGUCUUGGAAUUGGCGAGCAGAUUUAUUCCAUCCUUUUGUUGACCCUCUUUUUCAUAGAGGUUUUUGCAACAGGUUUCAUUCCUUAUUUUGGCAAGGCAAUAAAUUUUCUGCUUCUUUCCUGGAUGUAUGCUUACUACUGUUUUGAGUACAAGUGGAACUAUUCUAAUGUAGCCUUGAAUAGAAGACUCGAUUUUUUUGAGUCCAACUGGCCAUUUUUUGCAGGAUUUGGUAGCCCAUGCGUUAUUCCAAUUUUCUUCUUUUCUCCCCUUGUCAGCUAUGGGGUGAUGGCUAUUCUCUAUCCGCUGUUUGUUUUGACAGCAGCAGGCACCCAAUCAGAGCAAGUUAUUAGUUCAAUAAGAUCAUUUAAAGGAGGGCCAAAAAAGCUUCCGAUAUUCUAUGCUGCAAAUAAGAUAGCGAUGUCAAUUCUGCAAUUACUACCAGAGCCAAGCAAGACGAGUUGACCGGUUAAUGAAGGGAUAAGACGCAUCGUGAAUUCUCAUGUCUAAACUAACCAAAUAAAACAGUGCUAAAGUGGCACAUUGUGUAGUAUUCGAUCAACACUACUAACGUAGUGGGUCUAACUUCUAUUGAAUAUGUAAAUAUAUGCUGUGUAUAAAUCGUAUUACUUAGCUCUCUCCUCACGAAUGUGAGAAAAGAAGAAAUUACUCCUUUUACCAACUUCA